GUAAAAAACCAUAACCGGAAAAACAAACAAACUCGGAACUCCACUUCCAAGUUUUCAGUUAAACCAGUUAAAAUCCCAUGGAGCUUCCUAGUGGAAGAGAAGGAGAAAGUGUGGGGAAAGAGAAGAGUUACAGAGGAGUGAGGAGAAGGCCAUGGGGGAAGUUUGCAGCAGAGAUAAGGGAUUCAACAAGGAGUGGAGUACGUGUUUGGCUUGGGACUUUUGACAGUGCUGAAGCUGCUGCACUUGCUUAUGAUCAAGCAGCUUUCUCCAUGAGAGGAACCAUGGCUGUGCUUAAUUUUCCAGUGGAGAGAGUUGUGGAGAGUUUGAGAGGUGUGAGGUAUGGAGAUGAUGGAUGUUCUCCUGUUGUGGCUCUUAAGAGAAGGCACUGCAUGAGAAGGAAGUCACUGAAGAGGAAAAGGGAAGUGAGGAAAGUCAGGGAAGUGAGGGAAGUGAGGUUUGAGAAUGUUGUUGUUUUUGAAGACUUGGGUGCUGAGUAUUUGGAAGAGCUUCUUAGUGCUUCAAUGGUUUCAUCAACUAGCUAGCUUGUGAAUUAUAUUUAUAGUUAUAUAUAUUUAUAAGCCAUUGUUAAGAGAUAUGAUCAUGAAUGCAUGGGAGUUUUUCAUUAAUUUGUAAAGAUGCACGGUGUUAUCUUAAUGAAUUUCAAAUUUUGAUCA